GAAAUGGGCAAGUGUAUGCUUGGCUUGGAUUAGGGAGUCAGAGGCCAGAGCCGUGACAGCGGAGUGUGUUGCUGAAAAAGUUAAUAAUGCGUUGAGAGAGAAGAUGAAUUGCGAUUGCGAGGGCGGAGAUCUGGGUAUGGUGAUCCCGGGACUGCCAAACGACGUGGGGGCGUGGAUCCUGUCGAAGGUGCCGUACGCCCACCACGGGAGGCUGAAAGUGACGUGCAAAUCAUGGAAACUGCUGCUAUCCUCAAAAACCUUCCUAACCUCAUUGAAUAAACGGAAUCAGCUUCUAUGCAUAUUCCCGCAGGACCCUUCAAUCGCAUCGCCCUUCCUCUUCGACCCAAAAGCCCUCGCCUGGUGCCCCCUCCCCCCCAUGCCCUGCAACCCCCACGUCUACGGCCUCUGCAACUUCGCCGCCCUCGCCCUCGGCCCCCACCUCUACGUCCUCGGCGGCUCCCACUUCGACACCCGCUCCUUCCCCUCUCGCGCGGCGGUCGGUGGCUCCCGCCACACCAUGUUCGGGGCCGCCGGGACCAGGAUUCGCUCCGUCGAGCGCUACGAGGUCGCCGGGGACCGCUGGGUGCCCAUGGAUCCUCUUCCCGGCUUUCGCGCCGGCUGCGUCGGCUUUGUGGCCCGGGAGGGGGCGGAGUUCUGGGUCAUGGGAGGCUACGGCGCCUCAAGGACCAUUUCGGGGGUGUUUCCGGUCGACGAGUAUUAUAGGGACGCCGUGGUGAUGGGACUGGAGGGCGGCGCGUGGAGGGAGGUUGGGGAUAUGUGGGGGGAUGGGGAGAGGGUUAGGGCCGGGAAGAUUGUGGUGGUUGAUGAUAUUCAUACUGGAUUUCCCCAGCUUUUUAUGCUUGAUGGGAAUGAGAUUUUGAGAUAUGACAUGUCUUCAAAUCGUUGGCUAUACGAGUCUCGUGUGCCAAGAAAAGCUCCUUACAAUCCGUCAUUUGGUUUUGUCGUAUUAGGUGGGGAGCUGUAUGUAAUGACACAUUCAUGCGUUGUUGAUUUUACAGAAAUGCGAAGGGCCAGACACCAUAAGAGGGCAGGAACUCUGUUCAUUCAAAUAUAUGACCCAAAAAAGAAGACAUGGAGAUCCCUAGUCACGAAAUCACCUUUCAAUUACCCUAUAGAUAUUAAUAGUGCUGUACUGAGCUCAAUUUCUCUAUGAAUUAUGUUGCAUCCUAUUUGUAUAGUACAGGGAUCACUGCCAAAUUUCUCGUGUAUCACAUCAUUUCAUCCACCGGGCUCCAUGCAGGUGGCUUAUUUGUAUAUUUCUGUAUUUAGUAUGUCUUGAUCAGGGUAUCUAUUUUAUAUUAGACGAUACCAUCUAAAUUUGGAAAUAAGUGACUUAGUAUCAGCUAUUACCAGUGUUGUAAGCCUAAAGUACUGAAAUAUUUGUAAUGUAUAAAGAAAUGGCUGUAACUUUCAAAAUUUUGCUUCA